AUUACGUCAGAGGUCGAAGGGCAUGAGGCUGACAGCGCCACAUGUAUAUUGUUGUGUUGUUGAUGUUGGAUACCAAGGAAGUUAUAUUGCUUUAAGUUCAGUCUUCACGGUCGUCUCAGGACUUAGGGUAAAGACCACUGCGGUGAAAUGAGGAAUCUGAAGCUGCUGAGGAGCCUUCAGAGCUCAGAGCUGCAGGGUCCAGGCUCCCCUCAGUGUUUGUCUGUUCGUGCAGACACUGGUUCACUACUGAUCGCCUCCCAAUACUCCAUCACAGAGUAUGACCCCCGCACUGGCCAGGUUGUGAACGAGGCCUCAUUGACGGCAGACGGUUACCUCCCAGAGGAUGGCACCGGGGUGGUGGUUGGACUACAGGAUCUGGCUGAACUUGAAUCUGCAUGUUUGGCCACAGCAGGCGGUGAUGUUGUUCUCUUUAACCUCAACACCUGGCAGUUGGAGUGUGUCGGCAGUGUUGACAGCGGUCUUACCUCGAUGAGCUGGAGUCCCGAUGAAGAGCUUGUCGUUCUUACUACUGGUCAGGAAACAAUCAUAAUGAUGACCAAAGACUUUGAGCCAAUCACUGAGGUGGGAAUUCAUCAGGAUGAUUUUGGAGAAGGGAAGUUUGUGACAGUGGGCUGGGGGAAGAAGGAGACUCAGUUUCACGGCUCAGAGGGGAAGCAGGCAGCGCAAAGGAAGAUCCAGGAGGUGCAGCCUGCUGUAGCGUGGGACGACCGGCGGCCGCGGGUCACAUGGCGAGGAGAUGGUCAGCUUUUUGCUGUCAGUGCCAUCUGUGCUCAGAGUGGAGCCAGAAAGGUCCGGGUCUGGAACAGAGAAGGUGUCCUGCAGGCCACCAGCGAACCCAUUAACGGCCUGGAGCAGGCACUCUGCUGGAAACCGUCAGGAAGCCUGAUAGCGAGCACUCAGCGUCACCCCAACAAACACAGUGUGGUGUUCCUGGAGAAGAACGGGCUGCUGCAUGGAGACUUCACCCUGCCGUUCAGUAAAGACCAAACAAAGGUGAAGGAGCUGCUGUGGAACAAUGAUUCCACAGUUUUAGCUGUGUGGUUGGAGGACAUGACUGCUGGGGAGGAUGGACAGAUCAGCAGUUACAUCCAGCUGUGGACGGUGGGGAACUACCACUGGUACCUGAAACAGAGCUUGGGCUUUGGCAGAGACCCUCAGAAAGCUCCGGUGUGUAUCUGCUGGGACCCUGAGCGCCCCCUUCGGCUUCAUGUGGUGAACCGCAGCUGGACCAGUACAAGCUACGACUGGGGCUGGACAACUGAGCGGAGUCCCGGACUGGACGCCAGUGACAACGCUAACGUGGCUGUAAUAGAUGGAGAAAAAAUCCUGGUAACGACGUUCCGGCAGUGUGUGGUUCCCCCUCCCAUGUGUUCAUUCGAGCUCCAGUUGAAGUCUCCUGUCAACCAGGUGACUUUCCUGUGUCGGCCUCAGGGAACCAAUCAGCUCGCAGCAUUCACUGCUAACGGACAGAUCUCGGUCUUCGGCCAAAAUUCAGGUGAGCAGGCUGACAAAAUGACAGAUGGGUUCAGGAUCAUGUCUCAUCCACUCAUGCUCCAAAAAACCUUCAGUCUGGCUGCCCCUCAGGAUGACCCUCUGGCCCUGCGGCAGCUGCUGUGGCUGCAGGAUGAGCUGUUUGUAGCCGUCAGUUCCGGUCUGCUGCCGACCUCCUCCACCCUGCUGAUGCUCCACCCUGUUCUGGAUGCCAGGGACAAGCUGGCUGUCAGGUCUCAGGUGGAAGUAGAUGGUGUUGUGGUCAGCAUGGUUCAUAGCUCCCGGACCGGAACUGUUGCUCUGCAGCUCGAGGAUGGACAGAUCCGGAAACUGCUCUGGGAUUGUCUUGAACCAACACUGGAAGACUGGCGUGACUCCAGCGGCUGUAGUAUCGGCUUUCCCGUUUCCUGCAUCCAGACAGCCCUCUGCAGCAUCAGUGGAGAAGAACAUCUGCUUGGGCUCACGGACAGAUCCCACCUGUAUGCUGGAGACACAGAACUGGCCUCUAACAUCUGCUCCUUUGCUGUUUGUGAUGACUUUCUCCUCAUCACUACUCACUCUCACAUCUGCCGCUGCCUCCAACUGAGCGCGCUCACAGUCAAAGGGCUGCAGGCAGCUUUGGCCUCUGACGGAGGUCAGAAUGAUGAGACGCUUCGGCGAGUGGAGAGAGGAUCAAGGAUCGUCACCGUGGUGCCUCAAGACACCAGGGUGAUUCUACAGAUGCCUCGUGGAAAUCUGGAGACAAUACAUCACAGAGCACUGGUGUUGGCUCAGCUCAGGAAGUGGUUGGACAGUUUGAGAUUCAGAGAAGCUUUUGAGUGUAUGAGGAAGCUGAGGAUCAACCUGAACUUCAUUUAUGAUCACAACCCAAAGGUUUUCCUGGAAAAUGUAGGGACCUUCAUCACACAACUUGACUCCAUCAACCACAUUAACCUCUUCCUCACUGAGCUCAAAGAGGAGGACACGGCCACCAGCAUGUACCCCCGUCCUGAGAGCAGCCCGAUCCAGCUGCACUCUGCCUCCGGGCAAAAAAAGGUCGAUGUCGUUUGCAAUGCUUUACGGAACGCCAUGGAGUCAAUGGACCCAAACAAGUUCUGUUUGUCCAUACUGACUUCUCACGUGAAGAAGACAGUUCCAGAGCUGGAGAUCGCUCUGCAGAAAGUCCACGAGCUUCGAGAAAACCCUCCACAAGCUCCAAGUGCUGUGAACGCUGAAGAGGCUUUGAAGUACCUGCUCUUCCUGGUCAAUGUCAACGAUCUUUACGAACACUCUCUGGGAACCUAUGACUUUGACCUCGUUCUCAUGGUAGCUGAGAAAUCCCAGAAGGACCCAAAAGAAUACCUCCCUUUCUUAAACAUGCUGAAGAGCCUGGAGCCAAACUACCAACGCUACACCAUCGACAAGCACCUGAAACGAUACAGGAAGGCCUUGGUCCAUCUCAGCAAGUGUGGUGAGGAGCAUUUUCCUGAAGCGCUACAGCUGGUAAAGGAGCAAAAACUCUACACCGAAGCUCUGCGACUGUAUGCAGCAGAAAGUCCUCAGUACAAGUGUCUGAGCUGUGCAUAUGCAGACCACCUGGUGGAGCAGCAACAGGCAGAGCAGGCCGGCUUGUUGCUAUGGCGAUGUAGAGAGCCAGUGAGAGCGCUGCAGGCUUUCACCAGCAGCUCCAGUUGGAGAAACGCCAUUUGUGUGGCACAGCAGAUACCACUGCCACCCGACCAGUUAUCUCUAUUGGCCAGAGACCUGGCAGAGAAGCUGAUUGAACAGAGGCGGUACUCAGAGGCUGCUCUGCUGUUGGAUCAGUACGCUAAAGACUGCGAGGAAGCCAUCUUGGCUCUGAUCACUGGUGCAGUCUGGGAGGAAGCACUCAGAUUGAUUUUCAUGCACAACAGACAAGAUAUCACUGAAACCAACCUGAAACCUGCCCUGUUAGAAGCGGUCAACACUCAAACUGUCUUCCUGGAAGCUCAGGUAGCAACCUUCACACGGCACAGGACCCGACUGGCUUUAGUUCGUGAGCAGAAAGAGAAGGCUAGACUGGACAUGCUUGAUGAAGAUGGUCCAGACUGCCCUGAUGCUGAGCUUUAUUCUGAGGCUAGCAGUGUGAUGACCAGUUCCAAAUACUCCCAGAGCAACUCCCGCAUCUCUUCGAGGUCAUCAAAGAACCGGCGGAAAGCAGAAAGAAAGAAGUUGAGUCUGAAGGAAGGAAGUCCGAUGGAGGACAGAGCGCUGAUGUACGCUCUCAGUGAGAUCAUCACCACUGUGGACAAGAUGAGAGAGGAAAUGCACAGCCUGCUGAAGGCCUUGGUGCUGUUCCAGUUUGAUAAACAAGCAGAGAAGCUGCAGCUGGUCUAUGAGGAAGCUCUGCAGAUGAUGGAGGCAGCUGUUCCCGAAGUGUGGCCUGAAGACCUGCAGAACAUCCAAGCUCCUCUCACCGGGCCAAACUCGACUGCAAACAGCAUCAUGGCUUCUUUCCAACAGCAGCAGAAACCUGCAGCUUUACAAGAUGCUGAGGUCCCAGCAGCCCCAAGGAUGAGAAAUGGCAUCAAGUGGAAGCUCACUGUUCUUAAAUAAACUGUAACCAAAGUAGUUUUUUUUUUUGUUUUUAAAUUUCAUUGUAAAGUAAAAUGAUGUAACUAUGUAAUAAAGAUUUAUGUCUCUAAACAAAUCUGUUGUGAUAUCGUGUUGGUUUAUUUCUCAAAUUGGC